CCUCGAUGUGAAAUGAGUACUUACUUAAACAAGAAUAUCUGUAUGUGCCUCUCUCUGAAGGUGGACGAUGGUGGGGUUUUGUAGUGGGGGGCUUUAGGAACAACAUAUGUCCGAUAGCUUCGAAAUGCCCAAGCCUGCCCAAGGACAGAAUGUAAAGGAAAAGAUCGUUGUAGGUACAAGUACCAAGAGCAACAGAACGGUGUCGAUGAUGCUACACCCUGAUAUUGACAGAUUUAAGAUUAUAUCAUGGCUGGCCAAUCAAUAUUCCUUCACAUUUACCAACUCUAUGAAAUACUUCCCAGCUUCGUUGCCGAACGGCCACAUGAUCAUAACCUGUUAAGUAUAGGAAUUUUUGCGAAAGUACAUCUUUUAGAUGGGAAGGUCGUGAGAAAGAUACCUCGCAGUGGAAGCCCCCAAGACAAACUACCGAUAUCUCGCGAGUCGCACAUAUAUAAGUUGCUCGGUGAUCAUCCUCGUAUCGCACAGUGCCUCUUCGGUUCCGAUGAUUUGGUUGAUAUUCAAUAUUAUCCCAACGGGAAUCUCAUGGACUACAUACGGGAGCACCACAACUCAGUUUCAUUACCUGUUCGAUUAAAUUGGUUCCGACAGAUAAUAGAAGCCGUGGUCAAAAUCCAUGCACAUGGUGUGAUCCAUUCGGACUUAGCUCUCCGUCAAUUUUUCCUCGAUGACAAUAUGGACGUGCGGUUGGGUGAUUUCAAUUCAUCACAAUGGCCUGGGGAGAUGGCAUUGGGCUACGAAAAAGCAUCGCACUGCUUGCCUAGGGAUUAUGAGCAACCUAAUACUGUUGCAUCUGAUCUGUUCGCUCUUGGAUCUACCCUUUACGAGCUCAUGACCGGUACUGUACCACACUGUGACCUACUUCCGGUUGAGUCGGAAGAUAUCUUGAAAUCAAACGAUCUGUCCGUUAUACAAGGCCGGAUUCUACGCGAGGAAAAGGCGGAUUUAGCAAUUGAAGAGUUAUUCGUGAAACAGGUGUUUCCAGAUGUUUCCAACCUGCCUGGAGGUGACAUUAUCCUGAAAUGUUGGAGAUGUCAGUUCAGUACUGCGCAAGAUGUUCUUGAGCAGUACCAAAAGCUACAGAUAAUAUUCGACAGUCAAGCGUGA